GUAAACAAAAAGAAACUGAGAACAAUAAAGAUAACCUCUCUUCACGGUGUACCGCACUAGGAUACGGUCGGUUCAAAAGAUUCUUAGCUAAAAAGUGAAAUCUUUUGUUCGUUGUCAGUACAAACAAAGUAAAAUGCAAUAUUCGCAUCUGUUAGCCCUUUGUCUGGUCGGUCUGGCGCUGGCUCAAAGCGUCUCCGCGGACGGAAAGCUGAAGAUAGGUGUCAAGAAACGCGUCGAAAAUUGCACCGUACGAACGAAGAAGGGCGAUCUGGUGCACAUGCAUUAUACGGGAACGCUGGAAGAUGGAACCGAAUUCGAUAGCAGCAUUCCUCGUGGAAAUCCGCUAACCUUUACGCUUGGAAUGGGCCAGGUCAUAAAGGGAUGGGACCAAGGGCUGCUUGGAAUGUGUGAAGGUGAGAAGCGGAAGCUAAUCAUCCCGCCAGAACUGGGUUAUGGAGAGCGCGGUGCCGGUGAAAAAAUUCCACCCAACUCUGUGCUCAUUUUCGAGGUAGAAUUGAUGAAAAUCGAACGAAAAACAGAACUGUAAUUUCGCCAAGAGAAUAUACGCUCGUGCAUUCAAGUUAUCCUAAGUAUUCAAGCUGGUAU